AUAAAAAUCAUUUCUCGACUUUCCCUUCCCUUCCCGAGCCCAGCUUCUCGCCUUUUCUACAGCAUGGGUUCUAAAGUCAUUCCUCUCAUCGUAGCUCUUAUUUCUUUAAAUUCUUUAUCCGCUCAAUCACCAACUGCCGCUUGUGUGGCCUGUGUGAACAAUCCCACUCAAUACUUCAACACGGCUACGAACACUUGCGUGAAUCUCGUUCUCUGGGGCCUGCGGGACGCCGUCUGUGGCCUCACUCUCCCCAACUCAACCGCUGUCUGUGAUCCGUUCAAUUGCCCUGUUGACCCACCAUCGACUUUCGCCUACAAUGAGAACAACGCAAAAAAUGUUUAUUGGAGAUUGCAAGGAGCAUUGAAGCUAGACACCGCCUCGCCUACAUUCACCCAGUGUACGCAAAAUGCUGCCUCUGAUAUUAUUUUCGUUGAUCGUGUCAAUGUGACUUGUGGAGUGCCGUUUCCCAUUGAUACAUGCAUUACUGAUGUCUAUGUGAUCCCAUCGCUUUCACAAAUCGUUUCGGUCUCUCGUGGAUCGAACAAUAUCACACAGAUUUUUCAAAUGGUGUUGACACUUGCCGCUCCAAUCUAUCCAAUUCUUUCAAAUGGAAAUAAUGGAAUGUUGGCUAUCAGCUACUUCCAAGAUGCGGCCAAUAAAACGUGGGAAGUGAAUGGCCAAGGAGUGCAGACACAGAUUUUCAUACCAUUUCUUGAUUGGUCUGAAUCGCUGGAACCGGUUGAAGUGAUUGAUGUGAGGAAUGAUCGAAUUGAUAUCCAUUGGAGAGUGCCUGAAGAGUUUCUGAAUGCCACUACAAAGCAGAGACUCGUCGUAGCAAUAAUGAAAGAACAAGAGCUUCAAAAGCGUCAUCCAAAAUCUUUUCAUGUGGAGGGUCAUCUCCGUGAUUACACAUUCAUCAAUCUACAAGGCAACACUUCAUAUCGAGUCAGUGUCGAGGCGUUUAGCCAUGAUGGGACGAGUCUUUGGUAUGGGAGUAAUGUGGCUAAAACUUCGCUAGCAGCUUUAAAUUGGCUACCACCACCAAUGGAGUUGAUGGUGAUCGCAAAGGGAAAUGAUUCCCUUGAAAUCUCGUGGGCUCCACCCGAUAUCUCAACUGGCCAACAUCACGUUGCGAUUAAUCAAUAUUUUAUAAACGUCUACGAAUUCUACCCCGAAUCGCAAACGUUUACAAAGAAAUUUACAACAAAUAUCCCAAUACCGAAGACUUCAUUCCUUGGAACGAGACUUAAUCCAGGAAAUGUCUACAACAUAACAAUACAGGCA